GAAAACUUCAGGAGAAAAGAAAAAGAAGCAAUCCUCAUCUUCCAUUUUCCAAGCUUGCUUAAUUUUGUUCCCAAACAUGUAUCAACUGCAUGUUUUCCUCUUUCACUUCCUUCGCAUACAAACUUCCUGUUAAACAUCGUGUUGACUAAAGUGAAAUAGGCAGCAAUGUGCAUCGCAGUAUUUUUGUGGCAAUCUCACCGGAUUUAUCCAUUCAUUCUACUUCUCAACAGAGAUGAGUAUCUCAGCAGGCCUACGAAGCCAUUGGCUUGGUGGGAAGAUGGAGAGAUUGUUGGUGGCAGAGACACGGUUGCAGGCGGUACCUGGUUGGCCUGCACAAAACAUGGUCGAUUGGCUUUUCUCACUAAUUUUAGGGAGCUUCGAUGCAUCCCUGAUGCUAAGAGCAGAGGAGAUCUCCCUGUUCGUUUCUUGCAUAGCAAGAAGAAUCCCAAGGAGUUUGCUGAGAAUAUUGUGAAAGAGGCUGACCAGUACAAUGGGUUCAACCUCAUAUUAGCUGACCUUUGCUCCAAAACCAUGGUAUACAUAACCAAUAGGCCAAAGGAAAAUGGCAAAGUAAUGACAGAGGUCUCCCCUGGGAUUCAUGUAUUGUCAAAUUCCAACCUGGAUGCCCCUUGGCCCAAGGAAUGGACUUUUCAUGGUAAAAGAAAUGGUCAAGUAGAAUACACAAUAAACCAGACUGCUCAUGCUGAGCGGCUGAGACAUAAUUUCAAAGAAGUACUGGAUAAGUAUGGGGAGAGUGAACUUCCGAUAAAAGUGAUGGUUGAGAAGCUUAUGAGAGACACGACUAAAGAUGAAGAAAGUGAGCUACCUCACAUCUAUCCUCCUGUGCUGGAAUACCAUUUAAGCUCUAUUUUUGUUGAUGUGAACAGACCAUUGGGGCGUUAUAGUACCAGAAGCACGUCUGCACUGUACAUGAAAUGGAGUGGAGAAACUUGGUUUUAUGAGAAGUAUGUUGAGAAAGAUUUGUGGAAGGAACAGACCUUGACAUACCAGAUAAAGGAGAUGGAGUAAGUCGAAGUUGAAGAUCUUUUUUUUGUGGGAGAUGGCCGUCAAUAAUUGAGAAAUAAGGUGUAAAUUGGCAUCUACAUACUGAGCUAUUGAGAUGUAGGGUACGGAAAGUUCUGAUAUAUGUAUAUAAUUUAAUAACAAAAUGAUUCAAAUUGUAUUACUAUGUAGAUAUUACCUUCAUAUAUGGUGAAUGUGCAGCCAUAGGUUUUAUAAAGAAA